AUUUAGACCAGCCCGGCUGUAUCCACGGCAACAGAAGCAGGAGUGUCACUGGCCGCCAGAUCACUGAGGGUCCCACAGUGUGAUCUGAGCUGUGAUUUAUCCUGUGUGAGACAGCUUGAGCCCCCAUCCUGGAUUCCAAGACAUCCCUGCUGAGAGAGCCCAGGUGCAGCACAGCAGGACGACUGAUGGAGCCCCCCAGGGCCCAUCGAGUACCGGACUGGCUGACCCCAUAGGGUGGCCAGUAGCCCCUGCCCCUCAGUAUGGCCAACACCACCGGAGAGCCCGAGGAGGUGAGCGGCGCACUGUCCCCACCGUCAGCAUCGGCUUAUGUGAAGCUGGUGCUGCUGGGACUGAUCAUGUGCGUGAGCCUGGCGGGCAACGCCAUCUUGUCCCUGCUGGUGCUCAAGGAGCGUGCCCUGCACAAGGCUCCUUACUACUUUCUGCUGGACUUGUGCCUGGCUGAUGGCAUACGCUCUGCCGUCUGCUUCCCUUUUGUGCUGGCUUCUGUGCGUCACGGCUCCUCAUGGACCUUCAGUGCACUCAGCUGCAAGAUCGUGGCCUUCAUGGCUGUGCUCUUUUGCUUCCAUGCGGCCUUCAUGCUGUUCUGCAUCAGCGUCACCCGCUAUAUGGCCAUCGCCCACCACCGCUUCUACGCCAAGCGCAUGACACUGUGGACAUGUGCAGCUGUUAUCUGCAUGGCCUGGACCUUGUCUGUGGCCAUGGCCUUCCCACCUGUCUUCGAUGUGGGUACCUACAAGUUUAUCCGGGAGGAGGACCAGUGCAUCUUUGAGCAUCGCUACUUCAAGGCCAAUGACACGCUGGGCUUCAUGCUCAUGUUGGCUGUGCUCAUGGCAGCCACACAUGCUGUCUAUGGCAAGCUGCUCCUCUUCGAGUAUCGUCACCGCAAGAUGAAGCCAGUGCAGAUGGUACCAGCCAUCAGCCAGAACUGGACAUUCCAUGGCCCUGGGGCCACCGGCCAGGCUGCUGCCAACUGGAUCGCCGGCUUUGGCCGUGGGCCCAUGCCACCAACCCUGCUGGGUAUCCGGCAGAAUGGGCAUGCGGCCAGCCGGCGGCUGCUGGGCAUGGACGAGGUCAAGGGUGAAAAGCAGCUGGGCCGCAUGUUCUACGCGAUCACACUGCUCUUCCUGCUCCUCUGGUCACCCUACAUUGUGGCCUGCUACUGGCGAGUAUUUGUGAAAGCCUGUGCCGUGCCCCACCGCUACUUGGCCACUGCCGUUUGGAUGAGCUUCGCCCAGGCUGCUGUCAACCCGAUCGUCUGCUUCCUGCUCAACAAGGACCUCAAGAAGUGCCUGAGGACUCAUGCCCCAUGCUGGGGCACAGGAGGUGCCCCGGCUCCCAGAGAACCCUACUGUGUCAUGUGAAACAGGCUGGUAGGCAGACAGGCAGGGAGAAGGUCAUGGCCACCAUGAUGGGGCCGACAGCAAGGGAGGCGUGGGGCCCCAUAUAGGAGGCUUCCUUUCUGAUCUCCAGCCCCAGCCCCUCUAACCACCUGUAAUCUAGGCACCUUGGCCAACAUCUCCCCGGGGUGGGGACUGGGAAAGAGGCGUUUUUAGUUUUGUGGGGCCUGUCUCUGCCGCCUCCUUCUCCACUUCUACAAUCUCAUGUUCUCUCUCUUUCUUUCUUUCUCUCUCUCAGAAGUGACAAUUCAGAAAAAGAAAACAAAACUGGGAAUGCAGGUUUUUCUACUAACAGCUGAGGAGACAGGCUUUCUUGCUUUAAUGUCUCUCCUUCUGACAUUGUCCAGAAGGGGGAAAUUUGUCCUGUAAAAUAGACUUCCAGAGCUCUUAUUGCUCCCUCUGCUCCCAGGCACCCUCCUCUUCCAAGUCCUUUAGCAAGGCCUGGAUGUUUAGGGAGAAAUUGAUCCAAGGCUGCUGACACAGGGACCAAAGGGGGUGCUGGGUCCCCAGGGAGCAGGGAUGUUUACUUGCUACGUUGUGUACAAUGUUGUUUUAGGCCAACUUUGGUCCCAAGCCCAGUCUCCUCUUCUUCCCCACCGUGUCCAGACCUCCCGAGUGGUUCUCGUGCAUCUGUUGGAGAAGCUGAGAGGGUAGGGAGAUGGGCCCCCAGUAUGGGCCCAGGCUAGGUGAAAAGCAGGAUGUGAGCUGAACUCCUCAAGCUAAAGAGACCUGAGCUUGGCCUCAUUCUCUCAUGCUGCUUUCUGGAUCCCUGACCCCCAACUCUUCUUCCUGAGGAUGGAAAUCCAUUUCAGCCCUGCUAGGGCUGAUGUGGGUACCAUACAGGCAGGAGCAGCCCCCCAAGGAAGUGUAGUGAGGCCACCAAACUCCCCAGAGUAACCAGACCACAGAGCCUCGAGUCAGAGCUAAAGUCAACCCGAAAUUUCCUCCUGGGUCCACACUACUCUUCAGAAGAUGAAAAUUCUUUUUUGGCCUUGGUAACUGAUUAACUGAUAGUGGUACAAACUCCAAGGUACUGUGGUCUCUAGUCCAUCCCUAUCCAACCUCUUUUUGUCCCCCUCAAGCCUCAGGGGCCUCAAGCCCCUCCUUGGUAGCUCUCCACCUUCUGGGCCCUCAGACCCAAACAUUCUUCCUCCCAACAGCCCCUCCCCCUUUCUCCCUCCGUCCUUACCUACACUCAAAGUGGAGCAGACUGCAGCCAGAUUUUCUGGUGGGAGAUCGCAAGCUUCCCUCCCUGGGGCAGAGUCCACUCUGGGCGUACUUCAAGGCCAAGGCCAUUGGUGAGCCAAGCUGGUGCUCCUUUGCCUGGGCUUGCCCAAGCUUUCUGCCCCCUCUCAUUUCCUGCAAAGGGGGUGGGUUCUGUAUUUAUCCACCCCCACUUCCCCUUCUCAACAGUAGCCCUUGUGUCAAGCUCCCUCCCUACCCCAAGACAGCCCCAGAAUGGGAGAAGCCUCACCCAAAAGGAAUGGGGAUGGCACUCGGCACGAGGCAGGAGAAACAUUAAUGAGCCUGGCUGCAUAGUGGCCUUGGAAAGGCAGGCCAGAGUGGCUGAGAGGCCGGGAGUGGGGGGACCUGUUCUCUCAGUGAUAGUGAUGGGGGUGCCUUUCCGAGGGAGUGGGGUGGGAAGACCAAGGGGGCGGGGGGUAAAUAGGGUACAUUCAGGAGAGUUUUCCUCCGUUUCUUUUUUCUAACUGCCUGGAUUCACCAUUGGAUUUUGUAAAUGGAAAAACUGAAAUGAACAAUGCUAUAUUGGAUGUUUUCUCUUUCUGACUGUGUGUGUGUGUCUGUGUCUGCGUGUCCUGUCUGUGUGACCACAUGUGGGGAGGUAUGAUUGCAACAGCGUGUGUCUGUGUAACUUUGUGUGGGGAGGCACCUCUGAGGAAAACGUGCCUGGUGCACACAUCUGAGCAAAUGCCUGUAUGUGGAAACAUAUACUGCACAUGCACAUGCACACAUGCACGCACGCACCUAGCUGAGAGAAGACAAACGAGUAUGUACCUGCAGCAGGAAGAAGAGCGGUGGUCAGGAGAUGGAACUUGGAAACGGUAGGUAUGUAUGUAGCAAGAGGGUAGACUCCCAUCUCCUAAGAUCGCUGCCCUUGGCCUAGGCUCUGAGCACGGGAAGGGGGCAGGGAACUUGAGAACCUCAUCUCCUCCCAAAGCUUGGAGCCCCAGGUACCACUCCUAACACUGGUCUCAGUCUCCUUCCCAAGUUCAAACAAGAUGUUCCUGAAAUUGGACAUCAAUGGGGGACUGGGAAUUGGGGAUCAAAUGUGGGGGGAACUGAUGUGGUUAGGAAAUGCCUCUCACAAAGUAACGGCUUCCGGAGGGACUGCUCAGCCUGGGAUGGGAGCCCUUCCUAAGGGUCCACUGUAUACAGCUGGGACUUUGGUCAGCUUUGACCAAAAUCAGAGGGAGGGGUAUCACGGGGGGAAAAAAAAACACCCAAGCCUGGGAGUCUACCCAGCCAGCCUGCUCCCUGGGCACUCAAUUAAUUUAUUAUCUAUUUAUUUAUUCUCUCAGGUGCACAGAAUUGAGUUUAUUUAUUCCUCAGUUCUUGGCACACUGUAUCAUCAUUGGUCCAUGUGAGGCCCUUUUAUUCUUUCUUUUGUUUCGUUUUGUCCCCUUCAUCACCCAUCCCUGAUCCCAUCCCCUGCCACAAAGGCACCCACUCUCGUGUAUUUAACGUAUGUCCUUCCAAUCCACCGUUCAUGUGUUUAUUUACAUAUAUGUGUAUCUACGAAAAUUAUAUGGUAUUGUUAUGUGUUUUAAUUUACAUAAACAGUAUUGUACUA